CAUCGCUAACCACCACCCUCAUAUCCCUUGCGUUCCCCACCCCUUCACUUGUUAAACACACAGGCGGCUCUGGGCAUAAGUGUCACUGACAUUAUUAUAGGUCUGCCCGGAGGUGGGGGGGGGGCGGGAAACUAAAAUCAGGUGACGCGGUCGGUCAUAGAGGAGGAGGAGGAGGCCCUGAGUAACGGAGAGAGGUUCUUGUUUUUAAGUGAACCACAAUACACCCGACGCUACUACGUGUGCCGCGACACCGAACGGUGCGCUUUGAAAGCGACCCGUGACCAACAGCGGUUCCAAGACAAAGCGGGCAGCUGCGUUUAAUCUGUACAGGAAGUUUGAGACCCAUUUUUUCUCUCUCUUCUCUCUCUCUCUCUCUCCAUUUUUCGUCAUUUUUUUGGGAGGGGGGGGGGAGUUUGUAAACGUCUUGGAGUGGUCGGCUCACUUCCUGCCUCGGAGAGAGAGUUGGGGAGGGGGGAAAGGGAGCGUUUGCUGCUACUACUCGCGUCACACACACUCACACACACACACGCGCGCGCGUGCGCUGGUCUCUCUACAGCUAAGAGUAGCGCUUCUCUCGUCUGUCUGUCCACACCUCGGCACAAGUUCGAGAUUAAUCUCGGAGCUCCCCCCCCCCCGCCGCCCUGCACCCCCAUUCUCCGACAGACGACAUGAGCGAGCCUGAGGACGCCGCUUUAAAGAACAUGACGUUGGGCGCUGAAGAACCCGAGCCGCAAACCCAGAGUCACCCGGGCAGCCCCGCCGGAUGUGGCAUCGCGCCUCUCACCCCGUCGAUGCCCGCGAAGCGCGGCGAAGAGCAGCCGCCGGCUCGAGGCUUCUCGGUGGUGGUCGCCAUCGACUUCGGGACGACCUCGAGUGGCUACGCCUACAGCUUCACGAGCGAGCCGUCCGCCAUCCACAUGAUGAGGCGCUGGGAGGGUGGCGACCCGGGGGUGUCGAGCCAGAAGACGCCCACGGCGCUGCUGCUCACUCCGGACGGGCGCUUCCACAGCCUGGGCUUCUCCGCUCGCGACUUCUUCCACGACCUGGAGCCGAGCGAGGCGACGUCCUGGCUCUACUUCGACAAGUUCAAGAUGAAGCUCCACGACAUGAACGUCAUCUCCUUGGACACCGAGCUGGAGGCAACCAACGGGAAGAUGGUGAAAGCCCUCGAGGUGUUUGCCCAUGCGUUGCGCUUCUUCAAGGAGAGAGCCUUGCAGGAACUCUCGGAUCAGACGGGCUUGCCGUACAACCCCGAUGAGAUCCGAUGGGUGAUCACGGUCCCCGCCAUCUGGAAGCAGCCGGCCAAGCAGUUCAUGAGGGAGGCGGCCUACGCGGCAGGGAUAGCGACCCCACAGGCCCCCGAGGGCCUUCUCAUUGCCCUCGAGCCCGAGGCUGCGUCCAUCUACUGCCGCAAGUUGCGCCUCAACCAGCUCACGGAGCUCGCGGCUUCAACCCACGUCUCCAACGGCCACGGCGACUCGGCCUCCCCAACAGGCUUCUCCAAUGGUUGGGACGUGCCGCGCCGCUCCCGACACAGCCAGAAAGCAACCUUCGUCGUGGAGAGCAGCGUCGGGGAGCUGUGGUCAGAGCUGCAAGCUGGGGACAAGUACCUGGUGGCCGACUGCGGUGGCGGCACCGUGGACUUGACCGUACACCAGAUCGAGCACCCACAGGGCACACUCAAGGAGCUGCACAAGGCCUCAGGUGGGCCUUACGGCUCUCUGGCCGUGGACCAGGCCUUCGAGCGGCUGCUGGGCCGGAUCUUCAGCGCCGAGUUCAUCGUGCAGUUCCGGCGGAACCGCCCGGCCGCCUGGGUGGACCUGACGAUCGCCUUCGAGUCGCGCAAGCGCACGGCGGCGCCGGGCCGGGCAGGCCCGCUCAACAUCUCGCUGCCCUUCUCCUUCGUGGACUACUACAAGAAGGUGCGCGGCCACAGCGUGGAGACCGCCCUUCGCAAGAGCGGGGUUGAGUUCGUGAAGUGGUCGUCCCAGGGCAUGCUGAGAUUAAGCGCCGAGGCCAUGAACGACCUCUUCCAGCCGACCAUCCAGAAGAUCGUGCAGUGCAUAGGCGACGUGCUCUCCAGGCCGGGCGUCGAGGGCGUGAAGAUCCUGUUCCUGGUGGGCGGCUUCGCCGAGUCGCGCCUGCUCCAGCGCGCCGUGCAGGAGGCGUUCGCGCCGGAGUGCCGCGUGAUCGUGCCGCACGGCGUGGGCCUCGCCAUUCUCAAGGGCGCCGUGCUCUUUGGCCUCGACCCCACGGUGGUGCGGGUUCGACGCUCGGCCGUGGCGUACGGGGUCGGCGUUCUCAACCGGUUUGUCGAGAGCAAGCACCCCGAGGAGAAGCUGCUGGUGAAGGACGGCGCCCGCUGGUGCACCGACGUGUUCGACCGCUUCGUGAGCGCCGACCAGUCGGUGUCGCUGGGCGAGACGGUGACGCGCAGCUACACGCCGGCGCGCCUCGCGCAGACCAAGAUCAUCAUCAACGUCUACUGCUCGUCCAACGACGAGGCGCGGUUCAUCACGGACGAGGGCGUGCACAAGUGCGGCACGCUGUGCCUCGACCUGGGCGCGGAGAGCGCCACGACCCCGGGCCAGGCCCCCCCCCGCCGCCGCCGUGAGAUCCAGACCCACAUGCUGUUCGGGGACACCGAGGUGCGCGUCACCGCCGUGGACGUGCGCAGCGCCAAGAGCGUCAAGUCCAGCGUCGACUUCCUCAGCGUCUGAGGCCACCACCUCCCCCACCACCACCCACCACCAACGCGUCGACCGUGGGUGCCCAGCCCAGGGGGUCGGGGGGGGGGAGAAUCGCGCGCACGGAUUGUGUCGCUCGCGGCUCUCCGGCACGCGCGCGUGGUGUCGUCGUAGGGGGUGUUUCGUUAGCGGUGUAGAAGCCGACGGGAAGCUAGCCGUCAGGGCGAAAUGCGAGUGUGUAUUUGCAGAAAGUCGGGUUUUUAUAUACGGAUUGUGUCUUCAAGCUUUGGGCAACCGUAGGAUCAAUUUGGCUGGUUUUCGAUGGGGUAAAUGUCUGAUAGCAACGCAAGUUUAUACUAUGGAUUUGUUUAUACUGACUGGAUCGUCUUAAUGAGAGUUAUCGUGUCCCCUGUUGCGGAUGGAUGGACAGGUGGAGUUACCGCAUGAACACUUUCAACGUUAGUUGGAAAGCGUUGAAAAGAAGAACAUUUUUCUCAACUUGUAGAUACAUCGGCUGUGUGAUCUCAGGCUGUCUCACAUGAGCCUGCAGCUCUCGUAGUGAAUACAAUACUUUCAAGUAUUUCAUUUGUUUUUAGGAAAGUGGCAUCAUUAGAAUGCCAUAGUAGUGAGCUUGACAGUACAUUUAAAAUAUUAUUAUAAACUACGUUUCUAUAAAAGCUAAUUGUUGAGUAUGUAUUGUGUCUUCUUUAAACGCAAGUGCUGUAUGUAUGAAGGGCUUUUUCAUUUUACAAUAUACAUAAAAAAUAUAUAUCAAGUAACACACUGGUAUCAAACAGCCAUGAUCAGACGUGGCUCAAGAUUGUUCUUUAUAAAUAAAACAACGUAUCGUCGGAGGGGGUGGACCAGUGGCGCAGUGGUUUUGCGCACAGACUAUGCAGCGGGAGACCUGAGUUCGAUUCCCAGCCAAGACUGACAUCAGCGACGAGAGAUAUAUGAACCAGACCUGAACCAGACCUGGACAUCCGAGUCUAGUCAAACAACCCCAAAAGCUUGUGGAUGCCUUCGUCCAACAGCGGUUUGACAAAGGGCUGUAUAUCGUUUGAGGAAUUAAUUACAAAAUAAAACGAACGCUUCAUUAAAACCAGACUUUAGUUUCAGCCGGGAUAGAUUCGUAUCCGUGGUUUUUCCCAUGCAAUGCCUGAUCACUCUCUAUCAUGCCUUGUGUGGGAAGUUUCCCGCAAGAGAUGACGGUUCUCUACGUGUGAAUUUAAUUGGCCAUUGUCAAGAGGAUCAAUCAUUGCUAUAAGCAGACAGUAGGCAAUUAAAAAUGUGGCCAAUGGCGAUACGCGUGGACAAUCUUGGCACAGCGUUCAAAGCAAGGCCAUUGUUUGAUAAAACUAAAGGCUUGAACUUGCACGAUGGUGAUGGUGUAUGGAAUGCCAUGUUUCAUUUUAAAGCGAUCACAGAUUCAUUUCGGGUAGAGUUGGCAAGGAUGGUGGGUGGUGCAGCAGUGGCGACAGCGGUUGAAGCACUGCGCUACCAACUCGGAGUCCCGAGUUCGAUAUCUGAACAUCUGCGCUGACCAUCGCGGGUGAUGUUUGGUCAAAUAACCCCGAUAGACAAACGAGGCGACAGGGGAAGCCUUCGUUCAGCAGUGGAGAUUGACGAAAUGGCUGCAACACGAUUACACUGGUCAACACACUUUUUCUGGCAUAAGGUAUUCCAACGGUUUUAAUGUAAUUUUUGGGGUGCUGAUUCCAAAUCUGGCAUCAGUUUUUGUAUAUCACAUCAGGUUUUUGAGAUAUCAAAUAUUGCAUUUUCAAUAAAAACUGCAGAAGAAAAAGAUUAAAUAAAUGUGGAUAUCUACAUAAAAUGAUAUUAUAAACACACUAUCCUAAAAAUACAGCACCAUAUUUUAACACUAAAGCAGUCAUUGACUCGCAACAACUUGCACUCAUAAGUGACAGAGUUAAUUUCGGGUAAAAUAAAUGAAAAUGGGGUAUGCCGAUAGCAUAAAAUUGAGAUGUGAUAGAGCAAAUCUGAGAUCAGAUUUGGAAUCAGCACCCUGAAAUUAGUCUAAAACAGCUGCAAAAGUCCAGGCCAGAAAUAGUUUUUUUGUUGUUGACCAGUGUUAUUUUAGCAAGGGCUAAAAGGGGGGGGGGGGGGCGAGUCGCACAGCUUGAAACAACGAGACGAUGAGAAGGCACAGGCAGAGCCAUCUGCCGUAACCGAAGCGAUAUUGAUCACACAACACCUUGGGUUGUGAAGGAGCCGAGUGGAACGUGAGUGAUGAGCCAAGUACUUGCUCUGGGAGGGUGCAGAGAGGUGUGAUUUGACGUCGCGCGAUUUCCCCAGUUGUGCUUAGCCACUUGUCACCGUGUAAUUGUGGUAAGCCACUCCACCCCACCACGACCCCCCCCCCCCCACCCCCCUUCUCAUCCCAGACUCAAUAAUUCUGCACGCAACCUCAUUUUACAAAAACCUCAGCGACACACAAUGCCACUCGGCCUCACAAACGUCUUCUUUGCCACGUCAAGGCUGUGAGCCCAGUGACUAAUGGGCCGUCCAUAAAUGACGUCAUGCACCUAGGGGACGGGGGGGGGGUCAGACAUUUGUGACGAUGUGUGACGAGGGGAGGGGAAGGUUUGAGAAAUGUGACGUCACAUCAAAAUGCGCAACUUUAAAUAGACAACACGUUCUACUUAAUUAAAUAGACUUUUUAAUACAUGUUUUCUCCUACAACAUCAGAGUGCAGCGCCACUUUAAAUACGCACUACAAUGACAAUAGUUUAAAGCGAUUUGAAGCAUGUUUAAUAUUAGGGGGGGGGCAGAGCUUUGUGACGUUAUAUUUGAGGGGGGGUCUGACUUUUUGUGACGCCGUGUGACGAGGGGGGGGGGGUCAAAAAUCGUCCAAAAUCGCGUGACGUCAUUUAUGGACGGCCCCGAAGUGUGAUAGCGCCGUCUGUAUAGUGCCAUUUAUCAAAGUGUAAAGUUUCUCUACUAUUUUUAUACGUUUCAAAAGCUAACUCUAACAUUGUAUCAAAAAAUUGCAUAUACGUUGACUAUAUAUUUUAACGAGCAACGCCUUGUAUUUUAUGUCGACAAGUUGGUGGUAAUUUGAAAAAAUGAGCAUUAGUGUUUAUAUGUUUUUUGCUUAUUUUGUGUAGCAAUUGAAACAAUAGAAAUAAAAAUACUGACAAUGGAAA